CAACAGGUUUGCGCAGACAUCCCGGCCAGAACAGUAGCUAGCAAAGCACAAGAGUUCGCUGCCGCAGUCCGUUGCAGUCGGCCUAUUUGUGCACUAAUUGAAUUCCAACGGCACCACAAAUUUAGUUAUAAAAGUAAUUUCACGUGCAUAACUCACAAAUAUAUACAAUAUUAAAAAAAAGCAGAUACAAAUAAAAACAGGGACGCGCGCGUAUGCAGUUUCGCGAUAUAGUACUCAGCGCAGCGACCACAGAAACGGAACCAAAAGAACGUUUCCUGUUAAUCAAAUACAAUAAAAUAACUACAGACAGGAGGAUGGUUCAGUUGAAGAGCUGCGUCUGUGGGACACACAGCAUGGCCCUGUUGCUGCUGCUGCUCUGGUGCCGCACCAGCUGCAGUCAGGCCUCCGCCGGCGGCGGUGGCAACAACAACAAUGAGCUGGCCGCCACAGGUCUGUCCGACCAGGUGCUGGAGCAGCUGGACGACAAUGAGCUCUACGGCAACAACAAACGCGCCUGGCAAUCGCUGCAGAGCGCCUGGGGCAAGCGCUCCAAUGAGCCGCGUCCCCUGGAAGUGGAUGAUUCCAUAUAUAUGACGGGACACUUUGUGCCGCUGGUCAUAACCGACGGCACCAACACCAUCGACUGGAACACCUUUGAGCGUCUGGCCAGUGGCAACCAGGAGCAGCAGCAGCAGCAACAGCAGCAGCAGCGGCCGCAGCAGCAACAGCAGCCGGCACAGUCCAAUGAGGAGUCGGAGGAUCUGAGCGCUGAGAACACAAUCGAUAAGCGCGCCUGGAAGAACAUGAACGUGGCCUGGGGCAAGCGACGACAGGCGCAGGGCUGGAACAAGUUCCGUGGUGCCUGGGGCAAGCGCGAGCCCACCUGGAACAAUCUGAAGGGCAUGUGGGGCAAGCGCGAUCAAUGGCAGAAGCUGCACGCGGGCUGGGGCAAGCGCUCGCUGGCCAACUAAGUUCCGAUCUACGUAGACAGUCGAUAUAAACAAAUAGAAACAUGGAGACAGACAAACAAACAUUAAAUAUGAUAUAACUAGCAAAACCUAACUGUGUAUAACAAUAUAAAUCCAUAUAUACAUAUAUAUAUAUAUAAACGAACUAGUACGUGCAACUCUUUUCCCAUUGAGAUUCUCGAUGUUCUAAGAUCCUUGUGGAGUGGAAGUGGAGCUCAAUUCCGAAAAUGUAUGAAAGCGCUCGCCAGCAACAAAAACAAAUACGAUACAAAAUCAAAAACUAAUUACAAAUAAACUAAUAAUGAAAGCAUUUGAAAUUUGCAUAUAUACUUGUGUAUUUAAAUAUGUGUUUUCGGUAGCCCAGUAUUAUAAACAUAAUCAAGCAUGAACUAUUAUAUACUAACCGAGCACCCCGAGCUAGUAAGUAUAUAGAGAGAUCCGUGCAAUACGCAUUAAAUUCUAGAAAACUUAAAUUUAGUUUAUCGAAUUGUGCAUAUUUUUUAAAUACGUAUACAUACCAAAGCAUACCAAAUGGCAAUUACUAUAUAUAUAAAUCCAAUUAUCAAAAUAAAUUAAACAAAAUCAUUCAAUU